AUGUCACCAUCAAAAGAUGGAACCGCGGAAAAUAAUGAAGGAAAAACAUUAGGAACGGCAAUAAAUACACAACAAGUAGACACCGCUAAUAACAGCAGCAGCAACAGCACGCCAAAACCUAAUAUUGCUGCAACUAAUUCUAAAAUAACAAAUAGUGAUGACAACAAUGAAGCAGCUGAUAAUUCUUCGGGAAUAUCGAUUCAUCAAGCUGUACAACAAGGAAACCUACAUCUAACAAAAAAUUUAAUUGAGAAUGGAUAUGCCAAAGUAAAUGAUAGAGAUUCAGAUAAUGUUACUCCAUUACAUUGGGCAGCAAUAAAUAAUCACGUUAUUAUGGCAAAAUAUUUGAUAGAUAAUGGAGCUGAAAUAGAUGCGUUAGGUGGAGAACUGGUUGCCACUCCAUUGCAUUGGGCGGCAAGAAAUGGUCAUCUUUCAUUAGUUACUCUUUUAAUUAAUCAUGGUGCUGAUCCAAACACGCGAGACUCUCAAGGGUUUAAUGCUUUACAUCUGGCAACUCAUUCAUCAAAUUCUAUGCUAGUAUUAUACUUAUUAUAUCAAGAUAUGGACAUUGAUACACCUGAUACCCUUCAACAUACACCUUUAAUGUGGGCUGCUUAUCAGGGCGAUACAUUGACCGUGGAUCUAUUAAUAGAGCUCGGUGCCUCUGUAGAUAAAAUAGACGCUUCUCAAUUCACAGCUUUACACUGGGCAGUAAUUAAAGGAAAUCCUGCUUGUAUGAAAAAAUUAGUAGAAGCUGGUUCAGAUAUUAAGAUUAAAGAAGAAAAUGGGAAAACACCCGAAGACAUUGCUACAGAAACGAAUGCACAAAAGGUAUGGAGAGGUGCAUUAUCUGAAGCUGUAAAAGUUUUGGUUCAAGCGCAAGUACCUGAUGCUAUGAUGAGAACACCAUAUUUCACUAGUUUAUUUCAAGCAACUGCAUUUUGGUUUUGUCUGACAUAUAUUUUCAAAAUAUUAGUUGCCACAUCAUAUUUAUUUGUGACGAAUAUAAUAUUUUUCAGUUCGAUUGUUACAUCAUUAUAUUCAUUCUAUACGGCUGUACUUGCUGAUCCUGGGUUUGUUUCAAAAUUAAAAUCUCGUGAAGAACAAAAACAAUUAAUAAUUGAUCUAGCUAACAAAGGAAUGUUAGAUGCAAGGCAUUUGUGUUUUAAAUGUUUGAUUAAAAAACCUUUACGAUCAAAACAUUGCAAAAUAUGUGAUCGAUGUGUGGCAAGAUUUGACCAGCGUAAAAAAUCAUCGAGCCUUUAUGAUCUUUUUAGGCAAUAUGAUAUAACAACAGCAGCAUCUCCUUAUAAAAAAGAUCCAUCCGACUCUUGUUUUGUGAGCGAAACAAUAUGUGGAUAUUUUGCAUAUGACUCUUGGACAAUUGCUUUAUGUUUUUGGGUGACAUUGCAUCUUAUUUGGAGUAUUGGAUUACUUGGUAUGCAGUGCUAUCAAAUAUCAGUGGCUAAAACGACAAAUGAAAUGGCUAAUUUCCACCGUUAUUCAUAUUUUGGAAAUCGUACGGCUGGAAAUAUUAGAGAACAAAUAUUAGCUACUUUAGCUGCAGGCCCCGGAGCAGGCGGAGCAGCACAAAAUUUAAAUAAAAAUUAUCAAUUACAUAGUAGUAAUAAUCCAUUUGAUUUUGGAUGUUGGAAUAAUUGUAUUGAUUUUUGGUCACAAGGGAAUGGUGGUAUGCUGCAAAAUGUGGAUUGGUAUGGUUUAUAUGAUGUGCCGUUAGUAGAAAGAAAAAAUAGCAAAAUGUCAAGACGACGCGUUAUGGGUAAUAAUAGUUAUAUAUCAUUAAGAGGUGAUGAAGAUACUGUAUAA